GUUUAACUUGAAUUGCAUUUUGCAUUUUUCUCAAUUUCUUGAGCGUCUUUCCAUGUCUUUUCUCGACAGAAAUAACUGAUUUUUUUUUAACUGCGGACACAGUUUUUUAUUCUUAUCCCCUCACAUCGGUAGGCGCUGUAAGACUUAUCAAAUUUAGCACUCAUGAUUUUUUAAGACCACUCAAUUUCUCAUCUGGCUGUGUUUUGCCGUGUUGAAGUCAAUUUGCCUCCAAAUGAAAUUACCUUGCACUGCUUCAGCAACCAUGGACAGCAGUUUUCAGCUUCCUUUUGAUAUCUCUGAUAAGUUAUUUGACGGUCUUACAAAUGAUGUGGUCAUUGUAUCUGUCAUUGGAAAAUCCGCUCUUGGCUCUUCAACUAAGGUUAACUCUCUCUAUGACACUCUUGGCUCUCGCAUCUUUACAAAAAUUGAUUUCUCUAAUUUUCAAUCUGACAAAGAUAUAAUGUGUUGCAUAGACGGAUUCUAUGAUUCUGAACUGCAGACUAUUUUUUUGCAACUUUGUGGAAGCCUAGAUGCUGACUAUUUGAUUUCCAGUUACCAAAAAUUAGGAGCUGACUUGGAAGAGAAGGGUUUUUUCCAUGUUUGGGCUACGUUGGAGCAUCGAUAUACAAGAGCAUUGCUGUUCCUGUUUUCUGUUUCACACAUUAUCAUCUUAUCUCAUCCAGGAGCUGUCUUUGAUUCAAAUUAUAUUAAUCUAUUCAAAGUCCUUGAUGCUGUACGUGUUAAAUUGAAGAGUUCUCUAUCUGAAGUUCUCAAAUCAGUUGGUGGUUUAAACCCUCUUUGGAUUUCUUCCGGCCGCCUUUGCUCUCCCAGGGUUCUCUUUUAUUUUCAAGACUGUCCCGAAAUAUUUCGAAAAACUUCAAGGGUUCCAAACUACAAAGGUCUAUACAUAAAGAAAUUUGAGCAUGCACUUGAAGACCAAAUUUACAGAAUUUUACGGAAAAGCCGCGUCAUUACAAAUUACAGUGCGAAUUCCCUUUUCGCAAUCCCUCCAAACCAAGAAUUUGUGUACGUUCAAACGGACAUCAAACCAUCCCAUGACUGGUCUUCUUAUAUAGUCAAUUACAUCACAGAUUAUUGUGAUUCAAGGAAGCAAGACACAAAAUUCCUGCCUCCAGCCGUCGAAUCCAAUCACUGCAGUUUUGGCUUUGAAAGUCUUCCAAAUUAUGAAAAUUCCGAUGCAGAGCAUAACAUUUUAGAGUUUCUUACCCAGCACGUCAAUCAAGCGUUGCACGAAGGUUUCGAUGAUAAUGUAGGCCGUUAUCCUUCAUACCCUAGUCAAAACCAAUUUGUUCUCCCAACUGUAAAACUGUGGUUCCAAGCUGCCAAUAAAUUGCACACUUUUCUCAUUGGUAAAGAUGAAAAAAGUGCUGGUGUCUUGAAAUUAGACCAGUCAAUCACUGGCUUGUUUGAGCUUUUAGAUACUGAUGUGAAAUUUAGUGAAGCACGGUGCAGCAAAGUUCUUCCACUAGCCUUGGCAACGUAUCAAGAAGGUCUCCCUCUUCAUUACACACGAGAUUAUCAUGAAAGCAGGGUUGCUCAUGCGAUUUCAGUGUUUGGGAUCCAUGCCCGUGGACCGCUCCUAGAUACUUAUGUGAUCAAGCUUGAAAAUGAAUGCGAUAGGUUUUGGAGGAAUGGAAGACAGAUGUGUGAAGUUUUGAGUUUGACUGGCAAUCCUUGCAUGAAUCCCUUGCACAAAGGAGGUCUCACUGAUGCUUUUAUACCGGAAUCUGAACCCAGCAAUCAGUCGGCAGCAGAUUUACCAAUGAUGGAUCAUGCAAGUGGGGUUGUUUACAUGUCAACGUGUAACUGUGGGCGAAGGCAGGGAGCUCGCGAGGACCCAUUUACUCUUCGCUCAGCAAACUAUGAGUUUUAUCAACUUCUUGCAUUAGAGUGUACAUGUCUCGCCCUUGAUCGAUUUGAUUUCCCCGUUUUUCAGCCCAGCACUAAAGACUAUAGAGCUGCACAACUUUUCACAAACAAUUCUCAAUCACAGAGUCAGAAAGAAAGCAGCGGCAGCAGCAGCAGCAAGGGGAAUAAAGAGCCCGCGACUAGUACUCAACUUCAGUCAAAUACUCAAGAUCUGAGCUUAGCUUUUGUUUCCGGACAGUCAGUUUCUUGCCCUGAAGAGAGUGGAGAAAGAGCCGAUCUACAAAGUCAUGCCGAGACUCCAUCAGAGUAUCAACAAAUUGUAAUUCAAGUUUCCAAUUCGGAGGCUGAUAACUCUAAAGAUAAAAGUUUGGUCCGUCAACCAAGCACAACCGAAUAUCUUCCGGGAAUGCUUCAUUCCGAGUCGCCGCCCGGUCUUCUACCUCAGUUCCCUUCUUGGUCUUUGGUGUGUUUGGGCCCAUCUAGUGUCUACUCACACAGUGCUGGUCUCCAGGAACAGCUCCAAAUCGGUUUUCUUGGUGGAUCUGCACACCUUUUACCAUGGGAUGUUGCUGUUAGACUUGAAAAUCAACUAUUUAAAGAAAGAUGGCAGAAUUUUGAUGACCGCAACAAAUCUGGAAACAACACAAGGUGUCGUAAAAACAAAGGAGGGAAAGAAUCAGCUGAAUUCACUGUCAAAAUAUUCGUCGGAGUCGAAUAUGAAUGCCCGAAAGGUCACAGGUUUAUGUGUGCAGGGCCAGACAAAAUACUUAAGAGUUCUCCCGGAGGACAUGUCAAAGAUAACGGAAAUAAAGUCACCAGUAGUGACAUGCCUCUGUAUUUUCCGUGCCCGUGCAGGAAUUCGAAGCCUUUAAUAGCGCAACUCAUGCGACUACAUGUUGUCACUCCAAAAGCACCAGUGCAUGUGACUCUCAACCCAAGAGUUCAACCAGCCUCCAGUCCGUGUCCGACUUUCAUCACAGGCUGCCAAGAGCCAAUCAGACUCUCACAGAGCGCUUAUUGGGUUCUCCGUUUGCCUUAUGUGUAUGCCGGGGAUCGAGGCCCAUAUUUACCUCCCAAAGAAUCACCACCCUCGAAUUGCGGCCGUUUGUUAGCAGGUGUCUAUGGGAUCACUGAAAUUGCUGUGGAGUCCAAAAGAGAGGCCAACCCAACCUAGCUUCCUUCCAAAUCACAAUGAUGGAUGGAAUAUCUUGUGCCCAGCAUGCAUUUGCCUCUAUGACGAAGUGAAUGUUUUGGGACUUUCACUUUGUUGAGGUUAUUUUCUCAUGGGAUAAGCACAUCUGCUUGUGUCACUUCUCUGCAUCUAGCUAAUGGCGGUCAUUAGUUCUGCAGUGAAGCACUGUGCAAGCUGCCCAAUCUUCACAAUGGGCUGAUUUUGAAAGUUCAACUUGUCUGAAGAUACAAUAGGCUGCCAAUCAUUGUCGAACAUAGAUUUUCGUCUGAAAUACAAGAUUUUAAGGUCUCAGGAGGGCUCUCUUUAAGCCCAACAGCAAAAUCGCAAAUACAUUCUCAGUUUUGUGUAAAUCGUCUCAGCUGAAGAUCAUCAAAAUCACAGGCAGAGCCAUUGUGGCUGCUCCUCAUUAUACCCAUGAAUAAUCAGAAUUUUUCUAUGGUUUGCUAUGUUAUGUUGUUACGGAUAAAAGCCAAUUUCUAAAGCAAAUUCAUCAUUUAAAUCGAUUGUGUGAAUGUGAAAUGAAGAGUUUGAAGUACAAAAUAAUGCAAGUUCCCUCACCUUUUGUUCUCAAAUUUAUAUUCAGCAUACCUUCAAGUAUUACCAUAGAAAAUUUCAAGUCUGUAUCCGAAUCAUUGAGCAAGCUGUAAGAUAUGGAAUUUUUUCCGAAGGAAUGUGCCCUGUUUAAAAAAAUUGUUGCUGCACAAGUCAGCCCUUACAAAUGGAAAAAUUGGCCUUCAGUAGAAGUGAGAUUGAGAGGGAAUAUGAAGUGAAAAGUAUCCCUCUAAAAUUUAUUUUUAAAGGAGGCCGGACUGAAUUGAAUUAUUCUGUACCUCACUGAUACUUGUCUAAUGAGUCAUCCAACUAAUAAAUUGAUUUUUUUUUUCACUG